UGACCACCCUCGGCCACCGUCUCCCUUCCUUCCUCAGGGUGCUCCACUUCUUUUCUGAUAUUUCUUGGAUCAUCUUCUUGCUUCUUCCGAACCCGUUCGAGACGCGAAAGUUCCGUCUCUCUCUUUUGUGUUUUUCUCGUGUUGUGAAUCCCUUCUCAGAUCUGUUUAGACCGGCCCGGAUCUGAUUUUUAGCUCCCGCCAAUCUCAGGGUCUUGUAGUUUGUGAGGAAACCAUCGCCAGUUCUUUUGCUGUUUUAACCGCUUCUGCUGUGCAUGCUUCCUGGCCUUCUCUUUCUUGGCAUUCUUGUUGCUCGAGGUCUUUUGCUCGAAGAGCAUCUGAUCUCUGAUGCAACUAGCCUUUGUGCGUCAGAAACAGCUUGAAAACCGAGUCGUCUUUUACGUUCUCGUUGAGGUUUUGAAGUCAUGGAGAAUAUGGGAGAAUGGGAAAAGAUGAACUUGCUGAAUGAGCUUAUACAGGGCAGGGAGCUGACCAAGCAACUCCAACACCAGCUCCAUUUAGCUGUUUCAUCAUCGUCUUCUUCUUCAUCACACGAUCAAACCCAAGAAAUGCUCAUCCACAGGAUCCUGGCCUCAUACGAUAAGGCGCUGUCCAUGCUCAACGCGGAGGCUCCGGGUGGAGGGUGUCCGCGCCGGAUGUCGGAGUCUCCCCCUUCGCUCGGCGGGAGCCCGAUGAGCGGAGGAGACUCAGACCGGGAUCUUAAUGAUGGUUCCACUCCUAGGAAGAGAAAGGCGAUGCAGCGGUGGACAAAGCGGGUCCAUGUCGCUCCAGGCACAGGACUCGAAGGGCCACUUGACGACGGAUUCAGUUGGAGGAAGUAUGGUCAGAAGGACAUUCUUGGAGCCAAGUAUCCACGGGGCUACUAUAGGUGCACUCAUAGGAAUGUCCAAGGUUGUUUGGCUACCAAGCAAGUGCAAAGAUCCGAUGACGACCCCACUGUCUUCGAGAUCACAUACCGCGGAAGGCACACGUGCAGUCACCACCCCGCCACCGUAGUCCCUCCUCCGCUACCUGAAAAUCAAACUGAUUCCAAUGCCUCCGUCGAUGCCGCCCCUCUCCAAGUCAUACAGCCGCAACCCCAGCCAAACCAAACCCAUUCACAAGACAUUGCGUUCGACUUCCGUGGAGGCCUCACGGUCCUAACUCAGACCUUGGACUCCAAGAACGACAAUCACAACCUAACUUCUUCAAUGUUCAAUUUCCCUUCCACCCCGGAUAACAUUUUCGGCAUCAUGAGUAACAACAGCGACUUCUCUAGUAUCCCUCAUUUCCUGCCUUCGUCAACUUCCGGGACCAACUGCUUCUCAGUGUCUCCAGCUAGGUUAGACGGUUUCCAGGUCGGCCCGAGUUUCGGCGCUCCAGAAUCCGAGCUCAGUAUGAUUGUCUCGGCCGCUACUUCAGGGAACAACUCUCAAGCAACAGUACGUUCGGAUUCAGAUCUUCCGCUUCGGGGCAUGGAGUUCGCUAACGAGGACAUUUCCUUUGACAACCCCGGAUUCUUUCCCUAAAUUUUGAACCGAAAUAAUUUAGGAAACAAUGUGGUAAUGUCAAGAGUUAUAGUUAGGUUUGGCCUUUAGGCAGCAUUUCCAGGUUUUAGCUAGCAAGCAAGCAAAGCCAGAAACGAUGAUGUCUCUUUACUCACCUGUAAUUAUACUUCAUCAAAUUUAAUUACUUGGUCGACGGGUAUUAUAGGUGACUUUCCAUUUUUAAGUUUUCUCUUCCUGUGAUCUCGAUUGCUCGUGUUACGUGAUUGUAUUCGGCUUGGCAAGAAUAAAAAGAUUUGACUGUUUACCGUA